AUGGCCUCGACCUGCUUCCGCGCCGCCGCCCGCGUGGCCUCCGCUGCCAGCCGCUCGGCGGCGGCCUCCCGCUCUGCUCCCUCCGCGGCCCGCGCCGCCACCGCCGCUGCCCACCGCGCCUCUUGCUUCUCCAGGGUGCCGGUGGAGCUCGGGUGCUGCGCGGGAUUGUCGCUGCUGCCGCUGCACAGCGCGGUGGCGGCGGCCAGGCUGACGUCCCGGCUGAGCACGGCGUCGAGCUGCCGUGCUCUCUCUCAGGUCGCGUCCGUGUAUUUUUCCUUUCUGUUAGUUUCAUAG